CGCAUUUCAGAACGCUUUAGAUUGUCGGUGCAGUCGUAUGACAGCUUGAGAUUUGUCACUCAGUACAUCAAGCAAUAUGGAUGAAGCGAUUAAUUUUCUAAACGUUGAAAUCGGUGUAUUUCUACGGUAUCUGCGAUGUUUUUCAAAAAUCGAAAACGUACAAAUCAACAAAAAAACAAUCGAACUGUUUGAAGAAGCAAAGUUGAACAUAAAACAACUGACGCAAGGUGCACAAAUUAUUGAGAAUUCAGCCCGAAAUGAUGUAGAUUUCCUAUUUGACCUCAACGAACAUCAGUAUGAACUUCAACGACAUAUUUUGUGCCGAUCAUGUUUUGACAUGUUUCCACUGUCAAAGCAUGAUUUCGUCAUGCAUUUGAAACGAAAACAUUGUACCGCUACAUCGACUGGAUCGAAUUCAUUUUCAUCGGACUUUUUUCCCGAUUCCGAAUCAACGACUUAUCAUUUUAACGGUCACAGCAAAACACCGUCACCACAAAUGGACGCUGGUAAAAAUAGUAGUUUUGGUGGUAGUCAUCAUCUUAGUUGCACAUUCAGCGACAAUGGAUUUGUUGAAGACAGUAAUAUUGCACAAAACAACAUUUCAAACAAUGCAUAUCCGCGAUAUUCGGAUAUUCUUCGAACCGCUCCGCCACCACAAGAUCCCGAAGAAAAUGUGGUUAACAUCAAACCAAUCGACACAUUCAUGACAUUAGGUGAUUUAAUACGAACCGAUCGAUGCUUCGAAGCAAUCUCAUUGGAAAUGACCGAUUUCAUGACACAGACUGAUCAACGAUUCCAAAGCGAAAUGAAAAUUUUGAAUCUGUUGAAAUACGUUGUCAACUCAUUUGAUUCUGCUUUAAAGGUAUUGCCAUUUGGUUCAGUGGAAUAUGGUUUCAGUGGUGCAAAUACAAAUUACAAUAUUCUGAUUGAUACACGAAAAACGGAAAAGGCACCAGCCUUACUGUUGCGCACAUUCCAAAAAUUCUUCAUGAGCACAGAAGCGCAGCGAUAUUUUGAUUUUCCGGAAAAAAUCAACUCAAAUCGCGUUCUAAAGCAGCAAUUGAAAAUGACUCAUAAAGAAUCUCGCAUUGAAUGCCUCCUGCUGUUCGAUUGUGACAUAAGUGUGGCCAAAGCUACUGAAAUCAUCAAGGAUUUCAUCGCUGUGAAACCAAUCUGCCGUCAGCUGAUUGCGUACGUCAGAGCUUGGCAAAAUGUCGUAAACCGUUUGGCCAUACAGCAUGGAGAAGCGGUCUUUCAGUUUAAUACAUACAUCAUAGCAGUACUAGUAAUAUUCUUUAUGCAAGUGCACUACGAUCUACCCACCGUAAGCGAAAUAUCGACACUCGCAGCGAGCGGAAAAAUCACAUCAACUCCCAAAUCCAUUCUCGAAGAACAAAAAAUCUUUGGCAAAAUUUUAUUUGAGUUUUUUCAUUUCUAUGGCGCACGAUAUGAAGUAAACAAUCAUUUGGUUAGCGCACGUAUUGGUCGUUGGCAAGAACAAAGAUUAACUCAACAACAAAAGUACUUUACGCCCGAACAGAAAAGAUUGAGAGAUGGAAUGACAUCAAAUUCGGCCAACUGGCAAAAGUGCACUAUGUUCGUGCAGGAUCUAAUUUCACCCGAGUUGAAUAUCACAGCCGAAAUAUCAAAAGAGAAAGCAUACAACUUCCAAGAAAUGUGUCAAAUGUUUUCUACAACACAACGAUCAUCAUUGGUGAAGCGAAUAAAAAAAGAGUCACCGCAAGUAAAUUAUCAGCCAUUGCACCGAACAAUUUCACAAAAUAGUUUACCAUCUGUGAAAUCAGUACCUUCGAAUCGUGUCAAAACCACCAAAGAGGAUAAAAACAAAGCAUCCACAUUAAUGGCAUCGAAAAAAAUUGCGACAAAAAAGGGAUGCCCAAAAAAUCCGUUGGCAACUUUAGACGAAGUCAUAAAGAAUGGAAAAAUAUACGAAGCUAUAACCAAUGAAUUGGCGAUAUCGUCUUUACGCUCUGAAGAGAAACUUCGUCACGAAGGUCGAAUUUUGGGAAUGCUGAAGCAACAUUUCAAAUUAUUUGAUCGCACAUUGGCGCUAAUUCCGUUCGGUUCGACUACAUAUGGUUUUGCUGGCUCGAGUUUGAAUUACAAUAUUCUCGUUGAUACUCGAAAAUCCAAACAGAUACAUAGUAAUGUUUUGGAAUCUUUUGAAAAGUAUCUCACUAAAACCGACAUACAAUUACAUUUCGAUGACAUAGCCGAAAUACCGGCCAGCCGUGUACUAAAGCAACAGCUACGAAUGAUACACAAAGAAUCUGGUAUUCAUGUAUUGCUACUAGCCGACGAUGUAACUGUAGCUGACACAUCAAAGAUUAUUCGCGAUUUCAUUGCGAUUAAACCGAUUUGUCGCAAUUUAAUUGAAUGUAUCAUAUCGUGGCGAGAUGCUUUGAACAGCAUCUUAGCACAAAGUGGUGCCACCCCAUUCCAGUUUAAUACUCACAUGAUCUCGGUGCUUGUGAUAUUUUUCAUGCAAGUAAACUAUGAGCUUGGAACGGUUCAAGAAAUAUCAACAAUUCGUUCGAAUCCGGAGACAAUGAAGAAGGCGGAUAUAUCGCUGAAGAAAGAUUUGGCCAUUUUCGAUAAAAUAUUGGCCGAUUUCUUCUGGUUUUAUGGUCAGCGAUAUCAAAUUUGGAAUCAUGUCAUUAGCUUGAACAUUGGUCGAUGGCAAGAACGACGCAUCCAAGAUCAACAAAAAUGGUUUUUGCCUAAUCAGAAACGGCUGCGUGACGGAAUCAACACAAAUCCAGCCAAUUGGAAAAAUUGUACAAUGUUCGUCGAGGACGUGACCCGAUCGGGCAUUAAUGUAGCAGCUGAAAUCACAGCAAAGGAUUCUUAUGGCUUCCAGGAGAUGUGUCAAAUAUUUGCAAAGAAAAAUAUUUGCCAUAAAAUAUGCCACAAAGAUCAAGAAGAUUAAUAACUAUGCAAUGUCCACACAAAUUCCAAUCAUGAAUACUCAAACAAAAAAAAAAGUUCAAAAUGCUGAAAGCAAUCAAUUCACUAAGAAUAAUACUUUAAGUCACAUCUGUUGUGCGAAAAUGUUAAAAGUAUCAAUAAUAAAAUGUCAGUA